UUCCAAGGCAGAACGGAAAGGUCUCCUGGCUGUUUAUCUUGGUCAAAGCGGAGGAAAACAAACGUCUGUCUCCCAUAAUAACCCACUCUGUGUUCUGGUGCAGUUGUUCCAAGGAAUGGAGUGAAGAUCCUUUCCGGUAUAAAAACUGUCCACACUCAACCUCUUUGGAAAUUGAUUUGCAUUUUACUGAUGCAGGAAGGAGACACUUACACCAAUCGGACUUGUAAGUAAGAAAAUGACCUGGAGGCACGUCAGGCUAUUGUGUCUAACCAGUUUGGCAUUACAGAUCAUCCACUUGGGAAACAGCUAUCAUGGAGAGAAACAUAAAAAUGGUAGAGAAAUCAUCAAUGUCGCCGCUCCUAAGCUCCAGCUGAGGAUACUCCCUAGGGCCGGGAAUAAUUUCACACGGGAGAACGGAAGCGAUGAAGACGGGGUGCCUCAACACUCUGCACUGCACUCCAGGGUCUACGGAGAGCGUGUGCCGCCGCCGCCGCCGCCGCCGCGCUGCUGCAGGAACGGGGGCACCUGCGUGCUGGGCAGCUUCUGCGUGUGCCCCGCGCCCUUCACCGGUCGCCACUGCGAACAUGACCAGAGGCGCAGCGACUGCGGCGCCCUGGGGCACGGAGCCUGGACCGUCCGCGGCUGCCGCCUCUGCAGGUGCGUGUUCGGGGCCCUGCACUGCUUGCCCAGACAAACGCCAGGCCGCUGCGACCUGAAAGACCUUGCCUCACAAGCCAAUGAACAAAGUGCAUAUGACAUGUGGAAUGUCCUCUUGUCCUGCAUCUUCCUGCAAUGCUUUAUCCAUCCAUGAAGAGGAAGACAGAUGUGGACAGAAAUGCCCCUGUGGGGCUGUGAAGACUAAACCAUGAUCAUACACAGUGGAAGACCUAAAGUAUCCCUAGCGAGAAAGCCAAGAUUAUAGACAGCUAAGUUAGAUGGAAAUCAAUACGCACUCAAGAGAGGCACUGAGUUCUGAAAUUAAUCAGUGCAGAAAAGGUAGAUGCAUCAAAAUUGUGGCUGGAGACAACUGUGAAGAUGGCCAGCCUCAAGAUGGAGAUGCAAUAGCUAGGCCAAAAAACCUAUCUAGAGAUAAACAGUGACUUGAGAUUAAACUGUAAAUAAUACCACCUGGCCCGGCGAGGCCAGAUGCAUAGGUGAGUGACCAGAGCAUCUGCAUUUAUACUCACAUCCCUUUCCAGGAAUGCCUUUGUUCUUUCCAUAUGCCAUUGCUAUGUGACUUUUUCCCACAUUAGGUCAAUAUUAGUUAAGUGGCUAUGCUUGUAAUUCUAUAGGUUGGUUGUAAUUUGACCCAUGUGGUAUGCACAAUGUGAUUUUGCUGUAUAAAAUAAUCUUGACCAAGAGCCUCAGUGGUUUCCCACUUGGAAUCCUCCUGGAGAUCUGGGAGCUAUUCUUCUUAUUUCCAAUAAAACUCUCCUAAUUUUCUCCUUCAGUUUGUGACUUCAUUCCUCAAUGCUGUAAGGCCAUAAACUCAGCACAUCUGACAGGUUGGGAAUUAUUUUCUCUGUAUCAUCAGGACUUGGACAUCCCUUCUUCUAUACUGUAAACAAUAGACUGCUUAAUCUACUAUAACCUGAAAUUAGAUGAGCACUUGUGUAAUUGUUUGUGAAAGUGCCUGUUUUUCUUCCUCAUCCCAAGGUCUGCAAUUGAGAUGUAUGUGAAUACUGGACACUGGUACUGUUCAGUGCUAAACCCAAAUCUGAUAUCCUAAGAGUGGACACUGACCUUAAACGUGUGACUUUUCACAAAAAACAGCCCCUCUUGGAGCAGCCUGAACCCCAUACAAACCCCAGUAGGCCUCGCUGAUGUAGCCGUGCCUGGUGUCUUCCACAUGUGCACUGUCAGUCUCUGCGUCCAUGGAAGAGGGGAUUUGAGCAUGUGUGUGAACACCUGACUCUGUGGGUAGAGGAAAAAAGACAGGAAAGGAAAGAGCCAAGGCUAAAGGCUGACAGCCUGGCACUUGCCUCCUUUUUCUCCUGUGGCAAUUACCACCUUCCUGGAGAGAUUCCAACAUCUCCAUAUCAAAAGGGAAAAGUGUCUUAAUGUUAUAGGCAGCUGAGUUAGAUAGAAAUAUUAUAGGCAGUCAGACAGGGCCAGGCCCU